GUCCCCAACUGGCCGGCUCCUGCCGGCGUGCGGCGGGGAAGGCCAGAGGACUGGGCGCAGGCGAUGAACCUCCCGCGCGUCCAACCCGGGGGUGCGGCGAGGUCACGCCCAGCGGGAACUGCGGACGCCGAAGCCCGGGUGCUGGACCCGGAAUCCUGUGGAAUUUUGGAUCCGAGGGAGGCGCUGGAGCGCGGGACCUCGGGCGUGGGGUCCGGGGCGCUGGACCGGCGCGGACAGGAGGCGGUGCUGGCCCCGCGGGCCAGCGGGUCUCGGGAGGGGGCGCCCGAUCCCGCGUCUCCGGCGCCGCUUCCCGGGAAGUUUCAAGUUUGAAAGUCCUGGCGGAGGGGCUGCGGCUUCCGGGACCGGAGUGGCGGAGAGGAGGGCCCCAAGCGGCCGGAGCGGCGCCAUGGACGAGGGGGCGCCGCGGCAGCCUGGGCCCAGCCAGUGGCCCCCGGAGGAUGAGAAAGAGGCGAUCCGGCGGGCCAUCCAGAAGGAGCUGAAGAUCAAGGAGGGGGUGGAGAACCUGCGGCGCGUGGCCACAGACCGGCGCCACUUGGGCCAUGUGCAGCAGCUGCUGCAGUCCUCCAACCGCCGCCUGGAGCAGCUGCAUGGAGAGCUGAGGGAGCUGCAUGCCCGAAUCCUGCUGCCCGGCCCUGGGCCUGACCCGGCUGAGCCUGUGGCCUCAGGACCCCGGCCGUGGGCAGAGCAGCUCAGGGCUCGGCACCUAGAGGCUCUCCGGAGGCAGCUGCAUGUGGAGCUGAAGGUGAAGCAGGGAGCUGAGAACAUGACCCACACGUGUGCCAGUGGCACCCCCAAGGAGAGGAAGCUCCUGGCAGCUGCCCAGCAGAUGCUGCGGGACAGCCAGCUGAAGGUGGCCCUGCUGCGGAUGAAGAUCAGCAGCCUGGAGGCCAGUGGGUCCCCAGAGCCAGGGCCUGAGCUGCUGGCGGAGGAGCUACAGCAUCGACUGCACGUUGAGGCAUCCGUGGCCGAGGGCGCCAAGAACGUGGUGAAACUGCUCAGUAGCCGGAGAACACAGGACCGCAAGGCGCUGGCCGAGGCCCAGGCCCAGCUACAGGAGUCCUCCCAGAAACUGGACCUCCUGCGGCUGGCCUUGGAGCAGCUGCUGGAGCAGCUCCCUCCUGCCCACCCUUUGCGCAGCAGAGUGGCCCGAGAGCUGCGAACUGCAGUGCCUGGAUACCCCCAGCCUUCAGGGACACCUGUGAAGCCCACCGCCCUGACAGGUAGCCAGAACAUGAUGCUUGUCCCAGUCUCACUCAUCUCUGACUGGCUGGGACAUCCGGGAUCCCCCAGCCAUGGCCAUCCUGGUGCCUCCCUGCCCUGCCUCCGUGGUCUUGGGCCUGAGUUCUCCCAUAACCACCCCUGCAGCUUCUACGUGGCUUGUGUUGUCCUGGGGCUGCAGUUCUUACAUGAGAAGAAGAUCAUUUACAGGGACCUGAAGUUGGAUAACCUUCUGCUGGAUGCCCAGGGAUUCCUGAAGAUCGCAGACUUUGGACUCUGCAAGGAAGGGAUCGGCUUCGGGGACCGGACUAGCACCUUCUGCGGCACCCCGGAGUUCCUGGCUCCCGAGGUGCUGACCCAGGAGGCGUACACACGGGCUGUGGACUGGUGGGGGCUGGGCGUGCUGCUCUAUGAGAUGCUGGUGGGUGAGUGCCCUUUCCCAGGGGACACGGAGGAAGAGGUGUUUGACUGCAUCGUUAACAUGGAUGCUCCCUAUCCCGGCUUUCUGUCGGUGCAAGGGCUUGAGCUCAUUCAGAAGCUCCUCCAGAAGUGCCCCGAGAAGCGCCUCGGGGCGGGUGAGCAGGAUGCGGAGGAGAUCAAGGUCCAGCCGUUCUUCAGGACCACCAACUGGCAAGCCCUGCUCGCCCGUACCAUCCAGCCCCCCUUCGUGCCCACCCUCUGUGGCCCUGCGGACCUGCGCUACUUUGAGGGCGAGUUCACAGGGCUGCCGCCUGCCCUGACCCCACCUGCACCCCACAGCCUCCUCACUGCCCGCCAACAGGCCGCCUUCCGGGACUUCGACUUUGUGUCAGAGCGAUUCCUGGAGCCCUGAGGGCACCUCCUGGCACCUCUGUCCCCUUCCCCCACACACUGAUAGAGCCUCUGCUUGCCCACCUGUGUGCCCUGCCUGGCGGUCCAGGCCUUGCCGGGUACUUAGGAGCCCUUGGGACUCGAGGUGGCAGCCAUGGGGCCACUGUUGUGGGCUUUGCUCAGUGUCACUGGGCAAAGUGUGUCCCCUCCCCCUCCAGCUCGCCCUCCUCUACCUCCCAGCAAGACCUGGCCCAGAAAGGGUGCCGCAGCAAGGAGUGAUAUGGUUUGUCUUUUUAAGACUGGACUUGCUUUAUAGACUAAUAAAUUUGUAAAAGUGU